GCCACCCGCCAUGGAGGAGGACGUCACCCCUCACCGCAGCCGCCCGCCUGCCCCAGGUGGCCCCACCGGCCCCAGCCGCAUCCCGGGCCCCCCACCGCGGCGGGACGGUCUCCUCGGCACCCCCACAAAGCGGAGCUGCCUCUCGGUCACCCUGCGCCGGGCUGGCGGGGGCCCCCCCUGGGAGAGGCUGCGGGGGCCAGCCCCCGUCACCCCCGUCCCCCCUCGUCCCCGACCCGCAGCAGCCGAGGUGCCCCAGCGACGUGGCAGCCCUGGUGGGGACGAGGCCGCCCCGGCGACGAAGACGGGGGUGCCCUGCUCCCCGCCACGCUCCGGGCCAGUGGAGAGCAAAAACGAAGCAGCCAUGUCCGAGCUGGUCCCAGAGACACGACAAAAACCAAUCGUACCGAUGAAACCCAUGGGCAUUAACGCCAACCUGCUGGGCUACAUCGGUAUUGACACCAUCAUUGAGCAGAUGCGCAAGAAAACCAUGAAGACAGGUUUUGACUUCAACAUCAUGGUUGUAGGUCAGAGUGGACUGGGAAAGUCAACGUUGGUGAACACCCUUUUCAAAUCCCAGGUGAGCCGCAAAUCUUCUGGCUGGAACCGGGAGGAGAAGAUCCCCAAGACGGUGGAGAUAAAAGCCAUCGGGCAUGUCAUUGAAGAAGGUGGUGUCAAAAUGAAGCUGACAGUGAUCGACACGCCGGGAUUCGGGGACCAGAUCAACAAUGAAAACUGCUGGGAGCCUAUUGAAAAAUACAUCAACGAGCAAUAUGAAAAAUUUUUGAAAGAGGAGGUGAAUAUUGCGAGGAAGAAACGAAUUCCAGACACGCGAGUGCACUGCUGCCUCUACUUCAUCUCCCCCACGGGCCACUCCCUGCGGCCUUUGGACCUGGAGUUCAUGAAACAUCUCAGCAAGGUAGUGAACAUCAUCCCAGUUAUUGCCAAGGCUGACACCAUGACCUUGGAGGAGAAGACUGAAUUCAAACAAAGGGUGCGCAAAGAGCUAGAAGUAAAUGGGAUCGAGUUUUACCCCCAGAAAGAAUUUGACGAGGACUUGGAGGAUAAAACAGAGAACGACAAAAUCAGGGAAAGCAUGCCCUUCGCAGUAGUGGGUAGCGACAAGGAGUACCAAGUGAACGGCAAAAGAGUCCUGGGCAGGAAAACACCUUGGGGAAUCAUUGAAGUGGAAAACCUCACUCACUGUGAAUUUGCCCUACUUCGAGAUUUUGUCAUCAGGACCCACCUUCAGGAUCUCAAAGAAGUGACCCACAACAUCCACUAUGAGACCUACAGGGCCAAGAGGCUGAAUGACAACGGCGGGCUGCCCCCCAUGACUGUCGAGACAGAGGAAAACCAUGAAAGUAACCUGUGAAUGACCCCCCCACCCCGCUGUCACCUGGUGUCUCUGGAUAGGAUAACCCACCCCUGCUACCCUUGACUCUACCAUGGGCCUGUCUCAGAAGCAUGUGGUGUGUUCUCCGUGUAUGUGAGAGGGUGCGAGCGUGAGUGUGUGCGUGCAUGCGUGUGCCCACCUAUGUGCCAGAGAGGGACCAAAGGUGUCUCCCCCAACCUUCCCAGAGUGUCCUCAUUCUCAGUUUGUUUUUUUGCACAGCGGACUGUCUGUCAUCUUCCUUUCUCUUG